AUUUGCUAAACAACAAUGGACAGCCGUAAUGUGAAAAACCGGUACGAUAAAUUGUGUCGAUUUUGUAUUUCGGAAAACGAUUGUAUCCCUAUCUUCACUGGCGAUUAUGUGUUGAACAGUCAGCUAUCGAAAUGUGUAGAUGUUCUCCUUACGAAAGUGGAUGCGGAUGAUGGUCUACCGAAUAACAUUUGCUCAACUUGUCUGGCAUGCAUCGAGCAGUUUGUAGAUUUUGAAACCGUCUGUAGUCGAAGUUACGAAAUCUUGGAACGAAUCAGGACAGAAAAUUUAACUGAAAAUCAGCAUCUGCAAACCGACUUGGCCGUUAAAACGACUCAAGUUCAGGUGCAAUUUUUGAAUGUCCAAAAACUCGUAGACGAUGAAUGCAAUGAAAGUUCUUCAUCCAGUAUUAAACACACAGUUGUUUCAAAAAAUUUGGUUUCGCAAGAUGAAACGUCGCCGGAGGAACCUCUCAAAAUUGAAGCACUGGAAGAGGAAGCACACGAUGAUCAAUACUCUCUAUUGAUGGAAAGCGAUGAAGCAGAAGAACUUUGCAGCACCGAUGAAGUAAACAGGAAUCUUCCCACAAGAAGUCGCUUGGAUUCUGUAUCUAGCACUGAUUUAAGCCAAAUGGACAAUGCACUAAAUACAGAUCCUGUAGGAUUCGUGGAUCGAGCCAAUCGCAAAAUUCCAUUAUUUGAAUGCAUUUUCUGUAAAAACACGUACAGAGGACGAAAUACUUUGAAAAAACAUUUAAGAAUCCAUUUUAAUAUUAAAAGUUAUAAGUGUAGUCAUUGCCCAAAGUCUUUUACCGAUCGUAGUUCGUUGAGAAUUCACGAAGGGCGACACUCUGGACGAUCCUUUGAGUGUAGUUAUUGUGGAAAGUCGUACUUCAGCUUAAAUGAAAUGCAGCAACAUCAAACUAUGCAGCAUUUAGAACGCAAAUUUGAAUGUGAGACCUGCGGUAGAAAAUUCCCAACGAGAACUGUUUUAAACGAACAUUUCUUGGUACACAAGGAUCUGAGACCUUUCAGAUGUGACAUUUGCGACGCAACGUUCAAGCGUAAACGUAAUCUAAUCAGACACACAUCGCUACACGUGAAUAAAGGAUGUUUGAAAGGUCGAUUGAACAAAAAUAGCAGCGCAAAGUCACCAAUUCAUGCUCACGAUGACAUUGAUUCAUUAAGAACUACUUUUUGUCCUGUUUGUACCGAGUGGCGUGGUGAAUUUGGUGAUCUUUACGACCACCUGAAUCGUUGUCAUGAUUCCGAAAUGAAAAAAGCUCCUACCGGACCUCGUCAAUGCCAAGAAUGUGAAGAUGGUCCAUUUAACAGUUUGAAAUCCUACAUAGUUCAUAGCUUAGUUCAUCGACCUACAUCUAAUUUUGUCUGUGACGAGUGUGAUAGAACAUUCAACCUCGACUAUUUUGCAUCGAUCCACGCAUUGACCCAUGGAAACCAAAACAGUACCUUUUUCUGUGAUUCUGACGUUAACUGUCGGUUGGUAUUUAGUGAUAAACUACGUUUCGACCAGCAUCGAAGAGAUAAACACGCCGUUGAGAUGUGACGUAUAAGGUAUUUUAGCUACAUUAUUUUGAUGACAGUGUCCAUUUAUUUGCUAUAUCAUAUCGUUUUGAAACGUUCUUACAUUUUCCGUAUUCUAUCUUUUUUUUAUAUUUGAUUUUACCCUUUACUUUAAACUUACAU